AUGGAUUCCAAAGCAAGAACGUGGUUCGCGAUACUACUGUUUGUUGUUUGUUUAAGCUACCACUGUAGUCAGGCAUCUCAUUCUAACCUCUCAAGAGAAGAAGAACUGGAGUUAGAAGAGCAACUCAAACUUCUCAACAGACCGUCCAUCACAACAUUUGAGACUAAGGAAGGAGAAAUCAUUGAUUGUGUCGACAUUCAUAAACAACCAGCGCUCGACCAUCCUUCACUAAAAAAUCACAAAGUUCAGAUUCGACCAAGUACAUAUCCAUUUGGCUUGUCAAAAGAUUCGACUUCAUCAAAAAACAACGUGGUUUCUCUUGGUUUGAAGAGAGGCAUUCAAUAUUAUGGAGUUGGUGGGUAUACGUCUGUAUACAAUUUGAGUGUGGCUCAAGAUCAAUCUUCUUCUUCUAAUAUAUGGAUAGUUGGUGGACCUCCCGAAACUCUCAAUGUGAAUCCAACGAUCAACGGUGAUAGUCUCACUAGAAUGUUUGUGUAUUGGACAGAUCGAUCAACGGGGGAUUGGUGGCUUGCAGUGAGUGAUAGCCAAACAACAAUAGGGUAUUGGCCAAAGGAGCUGUUUGGACAUCUGAAUGAUGGGGCAGAACAAGUGGCAUGGGGAGGCAUUGCAAAGCCUUCACCAAAUGGAAUGAGCCCUCCAUUGGGGAAUGGCCACAAGCCAAAUAAUGGUAAAUACAAUGAAGCUUGCUACUUCAAAUCCAUAAACUACAUAGAUGGCAAUAACAAUGGCGUAGAUCCUGCUUAUGAGAACAUAGUGAGUCAUGUAAGUAACUCUGAUUGUUAUGGUUUGUUUGAUGGCGCCGGUACAUGUGCGGCUGAUAACAUGUAUUUUUGCUUCACUUUUGGAGGACCCGGUGGAAACAAUUGUAGGGCAACCUAG